UCAAACCUUAUUUAAGCGACAGCCGACAGACCCCAACUCACAACAUCUAUUGAGGCUCCUAAGCAAAGCAAUGGCGCAAGACCAGCAGCAGACGCCGGCGAUCACGACGACGCCUGCAUUCGCUGUGCACCGGCGCGAGCGUGUGCUCGUUCGCCCGGCGGGACCGACGCCCCGUGAGACGAGACGCCUGUCCGACAUCGACAACCAGACGACACUGCGUCGGCACAUGCCGUCCGUUUUCUUCUACCGCCGCGGGGCCGGCGACGACGACCCGGCGGAUGUCAUCCGCCGUGCGCUCGGCGAGGCGCUGGUGCCGUACUACCCGCUCGCCGGGCGGCUGCGCGAGGUGGAGGACAAGAAGCUGGUCGUCGACUGCACCGGCGACGGCGUGGCGUUCGUGGAGGCCGACGCCGACGUGCGCCUGGCGGAGCUGGAGGCCGCCGGCGGCGGCCCGCUGAUGCCGCCGUUCGGCCCGUGGAUCGAUCACUUGUUGUGCGAUGAAGUCCGCUCCGGCGCCGGCGUGCUCAACUGCCCCUUGCUGUUCAUCCAGGUGACCAGGCUGUUGUGCGGCGGCUUCGUCUUGGCACUCCACAGGAACCACAACAUCGUCGACGGCACAGGCCAAGGCUAUUUCCUCUCCGCGGUGGCGGAGCUCGCACGCGGCGGCCACCCAGCGCCGACGACGACCGCCCCACCGCCAUGGUCCCGAGAGCUGCUGGAAGCACGCGUCCCACCGAGGCCACCAGCGUUCCCGCAUCCCGUGUACGACGCCGCGCCCAGCUGCAUACCGCCGGCGCUGGCGCCGCCGGAGGGAGACAUGGUCGCGAGGGCGUUCACCUUCACCCGACACGACGUGGCAGCUAUCAAGGGGUCCCUCCCGACGCGCCGCCGUGGCUCUGCCGCCACCACCUUCGAGGUGCUCACGGCGGCGCUCUGGCGCGCACACACGGCCGCGCUAGAGCUCCCGGCGCACGAGGAGGUGCGCCUGGCGUUCGCCGUCGGCUUCAGGGGCGUGCGCGAGCUGGGGCUUCCCGCCGGCUACUACGGGAACGUGGUCCUGCCCUCGGCGAUGGUGACCACCGCCGGGGAGCUGCAGGCCAGCUCGCUAGGCGACACGGUGGAGAUGGUGCGGGAGGCGAAGGCGGCGGCCGUCACCGCCGAGUACGUGCGGUCCACCAUCGACCUCCUCGUGCUGCGUGGGCGGCCGUCCAUGCUAGCUCCGGCGAACCUCUUGGUCGUGUCGGACCACAGGCACCUAGGGCUCCAUCGCCUGGACUUGGGGUGGGGCGUGCCGGUGUACGGAGGCAUUGCGACGGUGUUCUCUGGAGCCAUGUUUCUUGUUGCAGUCAGGGACGGCGACGGGGAGGAGGAUGCUGUGGCCGUGCCGAUCAUGCUGCCACGGCCGGCCAUGGAUCGCUUUGUGUCAGAGCUUGAGAAGAUGGUGUCCCCCUCGCUCGUGGAUGAACACUCAAGCGACGACAACUGAGGAGGUCUCUUGGCCUGACCACCUUAUUCACUUGAGCUUAUCAGUCAAAUCUGCCAGCCAUUCAGCAGUGUUUUUCUCUCCCAACAAAUCAGCCAGCAGACUUUCUGGCAUGCAUGGCUUAUCAUGCUUUUGUUUGAACGGUACGGUGGUAGUGCUCCUUAACGUUCAUGUGUGUGAAUUUGUGAACCAACCUGUAAUAAUUUGGUUAGAUGGGUCAUUUAUCGCCUUUGCGCUCCUCUCGGAUCCCUGCUGUUUAGUAACUCUCAUUACCAACAGUAGGCUUGUAACUUGUUAACUCUAUUUCCUCUUAUUGAAAAAUGUGCACGGUGGUGAAAAAAAAUAUUUCCUGGUCUCAAUUGAGGGCACAUUGUUUUUUUUUU